UAGAAAUCCUUCUCGAAAAGCUGACGUGUACAAUUCUUAUAGGCCAAAACACGUCGUCACCCGUCAUCACGUUUCAGUAACAAAGGGGGGUUUCCAAGGUUUCUUAUGUGUUCGUCCCAUUUGAAUUCUGGAAAUCGCCGAUUAGUCAUCAUUUUCCCCCUUCAAUUCAUACUGCCCAAAACACAGUAUCGCAGUGGGUAAAGGAAGAAAGAAAGAGAUCGAAAUGCGGGGGUUGCCACUUUUGACAUUGAUUCUGUUUAGUUUGAAGCUCAUUGCUAGUGUUAAUGCAUUGUAUGGGCCUUCUUCCCCUGUUGUUCAGUUAACUCCCUCCAACUUCAAGUCCAAGGUUCUUAACUCUCAUGGGGUGGUGUUAGUUGAAUUUUUUGCACCUUGGUGUGGCCAUUGUAAAGCUCUAACACCCACAUGGGAAAAAGCAGCAUCAGUCUUGAAAGGAGUAGCGACUGUGGCCGCUCUUGAUGCUGAUGCUCAUCGGUCGCUUGCACAGGUCUAUUCUUUUGUUGCUGGAUACGUUAGAACUUUGUCAGUCCUUGAUGAGUGUAUUUAGAUGUAUAAAGCAUCAGUCAUGAUUUUACUGAAUGUUCUUUUGUGCUUUCGGGUAAAAUGUAAAUAUAUAUUACCACCAUCAAAGGUGGAAUAUUUACAGACUGAUGUAAGUGUAAUCUGAAUGUUAUAUACAUAAUUUCUGCAGAUUUUCUGUAGUUCUAUUUUAUUUAUUUAUUUUUUUUUUUGGUUUCUUGUACUUAGCUGCAUGUAUGUGUCACAGGAGUAUGAAAUUUCAGGGUUUCCUACCAUCAAGGUGUUUGCACCAGGAAAACCCCCAGUAAAUUAUGAAGGAGCUAGGGAUGUCAAGGCAAUUGUAAAUUUUGCAUCGCAACAGAUUAAAGCUCUCCUAAAAGAGCGGUUGAAUGGAAAAGCAACCGGAGGAUCAAGUGAGAAGUCAAGUGAGAAGAAGUCCGAACCUAGUGCAUCAAUCGAAUUGAACUCUCGUAAUUUUGACGAAUUGGUGCUGAAAAGCAAAGAUCUGUGGGUUGUUGAGUUUUAUGCUCCUUGGUGUGGGCACUGCAAGAAGCUUGCUCCUGAGUGGAAGAAAGCUUCAAAUAACCUUAAAGGCAAGGUGAAAUUGGGGCAUGUGGACUGUGAUGCUGAAAAAUCUCUGAUGAGCAGAUUUAAUGUACAAGGAUUUCCCACAAUCCUGGUGUUUGGUGCGGACAAAGAUACCCCUAUUCCUUAUGAAGGUGCUAGAACUGCCUCAGCUAUUGAAUCAUAUGCUUUGGAGCAGCUAGAAACUAACGUGGCACCUCCUGAAGUUGUAGAGUUGACUGGCCCGGAUGUCAUGGAAGAGAAGUGUGGUCCAGCAGCUAUUUGUUUCGUCUCCUUCCUACCAGACAUAUUGGACUCCAAGGCAGAUGGUCGGAAUAAGUAUCUUGAGAUGUUACUAUCAGUUGCUGAGAAGUUCAAGAGAAGUCCGUACAGCUUUGUUUGGUCAGCUGCCGGCAAACAGUCUGAUCUAGAAAACCGCGUUGGUGUCGGUGGGUAUGGCUACCCAGCAAUGGUAGCUCUUAACUUGAAGAAAGGAGUUUAUGCUCCUCUCAAGAGUGCAUUCGGGCGCGAUCAGAUCAUAGAAUUUGUAAAAGAAGCUGGACUUGGUGGAAAGAACAACCUAGCUCUUGAGGGCACUCCUUCCAUCACGCUUACUGAACCAUGGGAUGGCAAAGAUGGGCAAAUCCUCGAAGAAGAUGAGUUUUCACUCGAUGAAUUGAUGGGGGAUGAUGACACUUCCAACAAGGAUGAGUUGUAAUUGUUGUUAAUGUCAAUUACCAAUCUUGGCGGGGUGAAAAACAAAAUUUUGACAUAAUUGUGGUUGGGAGGCAUCUCCAUCUUUUGUUAUUAUAACAACAGGAUGUUGACUGUAUUUGCUCCCAAGUGUAUGGCACCUACUUUGAUCCUUGAAUCGUCUACUACUAGUCCAAAGGGAGGUAUUUAGCUGAUGGAAGGUGUGUAAGAAGAAAAGAUUGAUUUUAGUACAUGGUUUUAGUUUUUGUGAAUGGUGGUAUAUCAAGCAAUCAAAGCACGUGUCACAAAUUUCCUCUUUUUUUUUCAAACCUUUGGUUCUAAUCAUCUUAACAGUUGAGAGGCUGAGGCUUAGUGUAUUCUUGUAACCCAAUGCCUAGUGGUUAGUACCUAAUUAUUCAAUGCGGGUGAAGACAAAUACUACUACAAAGUCACAAAUUUAAACUUCUUCCUGAUGACGUUGAGAUCAAAUUUUAUGUUUCAUAAUUACGGAUGGUUAGAGUAUCGAAACAAGGAGUCCUUCCAAUCAAAAGUCAAAACAGGGAAUGUAUGAUCGUCAUUUUUCCUCCAAUAAAAAAGAAGAAUGUAAUGCUUCCAAGGAUAAAGCAAAAUACAUGCAUG